AUGAAUUCUCCCAUUGAAGCUGGAGCUGCGGAGGAGAAGCAGGUAUCGUCAGAGCCUCCAAGAAUUCAAGAUGGCCCUACUUUACCAUCUGCCGACCAGGACAAAGAUAUCGCUAUCGCUGUGGUGGGAGAGCAUCGUCAUGAAAUUGACCCCGUGGUAGAAGCUCGAGUCGUUCGAAAGAUAGAUCGAUAUUUGGUCCCUGCGAUGUUCAUUGGAUAUGGGCUUGUUUAUUAUGAUAAGGCAAUUUUAGGAUCCGCAGUCCUCUUUGGCAUGACGACUGAUCUAUCUCUAUCCAUCACCAAUACCAAUGUGACCCCUCAUACUACAGAUACCUCUCGUCUUAGUUGGGCAACAUCGCUUUUUUACUUUGGCAUGUUGGCGGGUUUAUACCCAAUGUCAUUUGCAUUGCAAAGAUUUAAUAUGGGUAGGAUCAUAGGAAUCGUGGUAUGCUUGUGGGCCUUGAUCUGCAUGUGCACAGCUGCUGUAACAAAUUGGCGCGGUCUAUAUGCACAAAGGUUCUUCCUUGGUUUUGUCGAAAGUAUCAUCCCAACUGGAUUCAUGUGUAUAAUCAGUUCCUUUUACACACAAUCCGAACAAUCUUUGAGACAGAGUUGGUGGUUUUCCUCAACUGGGGCUUUUACCAUUAUUGGAGGUGCACUGAAUUAUGGAUUUGGACAAAUCGAUGGUGGAGAUCUUAAAAGAUGGCAGUACAUUUAUUUGCUUGCCGGUUCUCUUACUUUCCUUUUCGGAAUUUGUUGUUUCUUCGUACCAGAUUCCCCAAUCUCAGCUUGGUUUCUUACGACAGAUGAGCGUAUGGUUGCUACGGAACGUCUAAGAUAUGGUCAAACCGGAAUUCGCUGUACAAAGUUCAAGUGGUAUCAGAUCAAGGAAUCUUUGCUUGAUAUCAAAGUAUGGCUCGUCGCUAUCAUGAUGGCUUCCGCUUACACUGUCAACGGAGCAGUCAGUGGUUUUGGUCCUCUCAUCGUUUCUACUUUUGGGUAUUCGACCCUAGAUUCUAUUCUAUUCCAAUUCCCUCUUGGGGCAAUAUGUUUGAUCUUCAUCUUACUCACUGGUUAUCUUUCAUCACAUAUUCCAAAUAUACGAAUCAUCCUCCUCGUUAUUUGUUGUCUGCCAGUCAUCGCUGGAUGUGCAAUGAUAUGGAAGAGUUCUUGGCAUCAUCAUGCAGCUACACCAGUUGUCGGGUAUACUAUAAUUGGAUUUUUUGGUCCUGUAGUGAGCUUGAUCAUCACGAUUGGUAUGGCCAAUGUCGCAGGUCAAACCAAAAAGUGUUUCAUGGCAGCGACUAUUUUUGUGGCAUAUUGUGUUGGUAAUAUCGUAGGACCUCAAUUGAUCAUAUCACAAACGAAGUCGAGACAUUAUCCAGAACUCUGGUUAGGAUUAAUCAUUUGUUAUUGCAUUACAAUUAUAGCAGCAGUGGUGUUGUAUGCUGUGCUGACUAGAGAAAACCGCAAGAGAGCAUUAAUGGAAUUAGAUCAAGUACUAUCAGCAAACAUGGGUGUAGAAACACAAGCAAAGACUAAGAUACCCAUUGUCUUGGGUGCAAUGACAUUCGGGAAGCCUGGCGUCAUGCAAACCCGAGUCCAUGAUCUUAAAGAUGUCUCUUCUAUGAUUGAUAUCUUUCAGUCACAUGGUCACAAUGAAAUAGACACUGCCCGCGUCUACGGCCUGGGUUCAUCAGAAGAGUAUCUGGGCCAACUUCAACCCUCAUACACUGACCGUGGUAUCAUUAUGGCUACCAAACUCUAUCCUAACAACAUGACUGGGUUCAAGAUCACGCAUUCAGCGGAUGAUCUCAGACUUCACUUGGACAAAAGUUUGAAAGCCUUAGGUGUUGAAAAAGUCGAUCUUUUUUAUCUACAUGGACCAGAUAGAAGCGUUUCUUACGAGGAGACAUUUGCCAUGUGCGAUGUUUUGUACAAGGAAGGAAAAUUUAGUAGGUUGGGUGUUAGUAAUUACAUGUCUUGGGAGGUUGCACACAUUCAAGAAAUUUGCAUCAAAAAUAACUGGAUUUGUCCUUCAGUAUACCAAGGUGUAUACAAUACCAUUCAGCGCUCCAUCGAACCAGAGCUCCUUCCCUGUCUUCAUAAAUACAACAUGUCUUUCUACGCCUUCAACCCUAUCGCCGGCGGCUACCUCACUUCACGCUACCAUCGCAACCAGGAAUCCGUCGAAGCAACCUCUCGUUUCGAUGAUUCGCAUUUGCAGGGUAAAAUGUAUAGGCAAAGAUACUGGAAUGAUACCAUGUUUGACGCGUUGGAUAUCAUCAGAGAAGCGGCGAAGAAGGAGGGAUCAACGGAGAGCGAAUGUGCAUUGAGAUGGUUGGUACAUCAUAGCGGACUUGAGGCGGAGAGAGAGGACAAGAUUAUUAUUGGAGCAAGCAGCGAGAAACAUUUAAGAGAAAAUUUGGUGGAUCUGGAGAAAGGACCAUUGUCGAAGGAGAUUCUUGAAGCAUUGGAUAAGGCGUGGGCUAAGACUAAAGCGGUAGCUGGUGCUUAUUUCCAUUAG